AUGUGGAGCGGCUCCCUGUUGCUGCUCAUCCUGAGCACUAUCAUGGGCAUUUCCUCCUUCCUUGCCGGCUCGCUCCCUCUCUCCUUCACCCUGUCGCAGCGCCACCUGCGCUACAUCUCCGCCCUGGGCUCCGGCGUUCUGGUCGGCACCUCGCUCAUCGUCAUUGUCCCCGAGGGCAUUGAGACCCUGUAUACCGCCUACGCCGACGACUCGCACCACGCCCGUCGCCAUCUCGACACAUCCACAACCUGGUCCCACCCAGUGCCGCGCGCCGAACCACCCGCCAACAAUGACGACGACAGCGGCGACGACCGCGCCCAGGUCGGCCGUCCCGCCGGCGACGAGUACAAGCACAAAACCCACCGCGAGCCGCACGCCUGGGUUGGCGUGUCUCUCAUCUUCGGCUUCAUCCUCAUGUACCUGAUCGACAUGCUGCCCACAGUCCUGACAGCCACGACGGCGCGGCCAUUACACAUCUCACUCUCAAACCUCUCCAGCGGACUGCACCACUCGCCCUCGCAUUCGCCGAGCCUGUAUGCUGCCGAUUCGGCGCCCUCUGACCCAGCGUCGAACGCUCCGGCCACAACCAUCGGCCUCGUCAUCCAUGCCGCGGCCGACGGCAUCGCGCUCGGCGCCUCGGGGGCCACCCCCAGCGGGAAACUGGGCCUCAUCAUCUUCAUCGCCAUCAUGGUGCACAAGGCACCCGCGGCGUUUGGUUUGACCUCCGUUUUGCUGAAGCAGGGCCUCAGCAAGCGGCAGGCGCGCGCGCAUCUGCUUUUCUUCAGCCUCGCCGCGCCGGUCGGCGCGCUGAGCACGUGGGCCGUUGUGAACCUGCUGGGCCGCGAGGCGCUCGGCGGUGCGGAAGGCAUGCAGUUCGCCACGGGCUGCGUGUUGCUAUUCUCAGGCGGGACCUUCCUCUACGUUGCAAUGCACAGCAUGCAAGAAAUCACUGGCGGCGGCAGCCACGCAAACCCCGCGCCAACGACAUAUGGACGCGUGCGUGCCGGCUCCGGCUCCUCUGCCCUCGCAAACGGCUAUGUCGAGAAUGGCCUGCUGGACCCCAGCUACGGCGACCACCCCAAGGCGCCCAGCGUCGCCGAGGUCUGCGUCGCCGUGCUGGGCAUGCUCGUCCCGCUGCUGACGCAAGUCGGGCAUGGCGGGCACGGGCACUAA